CCACGAGACUAUAUAUACGUAGAGCUUCAUCCCAAAUUAUUCACCCAAAGUUCUGAAUUGCAUCAUUAUUCUGCAAAAGCAUAUAAUAUUUAUCAUGAGGACGGUCCAAUAUACAUCUUCUCUUCUCUAUUCUCUGCUGAUUAUGUUAUUUUUCGUUCAAAUUCAAGCACAACCCAACUGUUCGUCUUCGUGCGGAGAAAUAAAAAACAUCAGCUACCCUUUUCGCCUAAAGGGCGAUCCAUCCGGCUGUGGUGACUCCGAUUACGAGCUCUCUUGUGUCGACAACAAAGCCAUCCUAGAGAUAUUCCCCGGGAAAUACUACGUGCACAAUAUUUCCUACUAUGAUCAAACAAUCCGGUUGGUCGACGUCAACUUUGCAAACGGAAGCUGCGGCCUUCCGUCUGGUCCUGUCGAAACAACGGACGGCUACAUCCGGGAUGUUCGAUUCAGGGGAUACGGGUUGAACCCAGGAAGUCGUUUCCGGUUCGUCAAGUGCUCAACAAACAUCAGCAGCGUGCCGGAAGCUGCUAAUCACACAACGGUUCCUUGCAUGACAAGAAACGGGACUUACGUCUACGCCGUUUAUGAUGGCGAUUACUCGUAUUAUGAACCUCAAAAGUCAUGCUCUGUCAUUUCGUUGGCUCCUGUUGAUCUUCGUAAAGAUGUUGCGAAGUUCAAUUCUUAUGUGGCCGUCAUGGAACUAUUGAAAGCUGGCUUUGAAGUUGGAUGGUCAGUUCAGUGCAGAGAUUGCUCUUUGGCUGGUAAACAAUGCGUAGUAAAAUCAAUGGAUAAGCCACUCAUCUAUAUCUGUGCAAAAGAAUACAAAGAACUGACAAGAGCUGAAGGAAACUGGAUAAUUGCUGCAAUCGUUGUGGGAGGUCUGAUUGCUCUGGGAGUUAUCAUUGGUAUAAUUGUAGUUGUCAUCCGAAGAUGUCAGAGAAGACGAAAUGCAGGAGAUAACACGAACAAGAAUCUGCAGAAUCGGAUUGAUGCCUGAGCCAACAAUCAGAAAUUCUUGGAUGCGUGAAUUCCUUAAAAAAUUAUUUCCUUUUUUUUUUUUUUGUAAUGCAUUUUAAAGAAUGUAGCUCGAUUUUUCCCUUUUUUUUUGGAUGUAUAAUUCAGUAAAUUACUAAGUGUAAUUCCAAAUUAUUUCGUAAAUUACCAGGAUAAAUAAAUCAAAUGUGAAUUUUGGCCUGUAAUCGGAUACGUGAAUUCCAUCAUUUGUUAUGUUUGAUAUAAAGAUUACACAUGGACACUUAGUACUACGAUUUAAUGA